ACAGACAACGGGUGAUCGGAAUUUCAGCUCAGGUGAGCUAACACAGUAGUCCGAGGAGUGUCGAAAGAUAGUCUGGUUCCCUUCGCUAAAUCGAAAAGGGACCAGACUAAUUAAUGAAUCAUUAUAAAGAAGACACCCAAGAGAAUCCGCAAGCCCCAACAGCUGCGUAACACGUCGUACGCGUGCACAAUGUCUGUCGUGCGGAUUGUGUUGUUCCUGGGUGUUUUAACCCACGGAAUAUUCGCUGAAGAUGAGGAACAGAAAGAUGUCUAUAAAGCAGUAGUUGAGAGCUGCGGUGGAUGACGUUUGAACAGAUUACCAGAGGUGAAGAGGUUCAUUUAUGAAGACCUCCCUCUGUUUCAUAAUGUAGAAUUUAGAAAGGUUGGUGGUGCUCCACCAGAUUUGAUCCUUUUGGGGAAGAAUGAUGAAGAGAUCGAGAGAAUAAAUUUAGAGCAAAAAAAUAGAGAAGAAUGUAAUGAAUUAUUACGGAUGAAAGGGUUUUAUAAGAAGUCUGAUACCACAGAAGCAGUUCCCGAGGAAUACAAGGAAGGACCCUACAGGGAAAAGGAGGAACUCUAAUUAGUGCCCUUCAAAAGUUUUUAAGAAAUUGAAAUUUCAUUUUUUUUCCAUCUUUUAAUUUCAUAUUAUUUUACAUUACAUGUGGUAAUGACAUUUCAAGAUGAUAUAUUUUGCAACAUUUUACAUAUAAAUAAUGCUGGCCCAGUUUCAAUGGUUAUACGUGAUUUACUGUGAUAAAAGUCCCAGUCUAAAUAUAACAUUACUAUCGCCCAAGUUCCAAAGAUACGGAUUCUUUUUUUUUUAACCCAUCAGUGUUUUGACAGUGUGGAUUGAAUGGAGAUACUGCUAUUUAUAUCACAUUUUUAAAUGUGCCACAGGAUUAUUUUUGGAGAUUUUAUAUAUUUAAUUUAGCAUUGAAUUCCAGAUUUAUUUGAACUUCAAACACAGAUUUAGUAUUAAUGAAGUCAUUGUCCAAAAUUUUAGUGGUCGCUGAUGGAACGGCAACUGUCUGUGUUUAGAAGUUUGAUGCCCUUUAUCUGGUUUUCAAGCAAAGAUUUACUUAGUUGUUUGUUUACAAAUAAUAAACUUUUUCCGUCUCUCA